AUGUCGCAACCGUUCCGCAAGGCGGCGCACAAGCUCAAGCGACUGGCGAGAAACGCGAUCGCGGAUUCGUCGUGGAACAUCUACCGCGGCGAUCGCGUCGUCGUCACGCGCGGGCGCGAUCGGGGGCAGACGGGCGUCGUGCGCGAGGUGGACCGAGAGAGGUCGUUGGUGUACGUCACGGGGGUGAAUCUGGUGAAGAAGCACGCGAGGGGGGACGGGGAGACGCCGGGGCAGAUCGUCGCGAGGGAGGCGGCGCUGCGGUACUCGAGCGUGGCGCUCGCGGAUCCGGCGAAUGGACACCCGGUGCGAGUGACGCGGAUGUUUUUGGACGACGGAACGAAGGUGCGGGUGUCGAGGGGGCGACUGGCGAGCGGGAGCGUGAUACCGAUGCCGGGGGAGGCGAUGGGGCGGAGGACGGUGCGGGCGACGGGACGAGGGCCGGCGGACGCGGCGAGCGAGGUCGCGGCGAGGACGAGUCGGGAGGCGACGGGGAAGACGUUUUUGGAGGUGUUCGGGGGAGGGAGCUCGGAGUCGUAG